UUUAAUUUUAACCUUGGAGUAUUGUUAAUCUACUAUGUCGAACCCACUGAAAUAUCAAGUCAGAGAUUUAUAUAAAAAGCUUCUAUUCUUAGGUAGAGAAUAUCCAUCAGGUUACGAAAAUUUUUUUCGUCCAAAAUUAAAAGCUGCCUUUUUAAAAAAUCGUGAUUUAAAAAAUUAUCAUGAAAUCAAAAAAGCUAUUGAUUUAGGAGAAUAUGUCAUUAAAGAAUUAGAAACACUUUAUUAUUUGAGAAAAUAUCGAUCAUUGAAACGUUCAUAUUACAAUUGAUCACUUAUUACUUCUAUAUUAUUUAAUUUAACAUUAAUGG